AUGAAAUAAAUUGCUUUUCGUUUGAAUCACAUUUGUCAAGCACAUUUUGGAUUACGUACAAGAGCUGGCUCCAUUAUUAAAACAAUCGUUCCAGAGAAAAAGACUAGAGAGUAAAUCAGAUUAGAGAUUGAAGAUCCUUUUUAAGCAGAAAGAUUAAGAUAAAUCUAAUUAGAAGAAGAUGCUAAGAAUUUUUAACAAUAUAUUUACAAUCUAAAACAAAAUGAUACCAAUCCCAAAAAUUUCAUUAAAGUUAAAGUUAACAAUCUAGAUGUAUCAAAAAUAGAAACUAAUACUGAGACAGAAAAUACGGCUCCUUUUAUUGUCAAAAAAAUCCCUAAAUAAGAGAAAAUUUUAAUUAGUGGAAUAAGAAGGUAUUGUUUAUGACAAUUCAUUAAAAAUAGAAAAGUACCUGCUUCUCUUAGAAGAUUAAUUCCUAUUUGCAGACCAUUGAUAAAUAUGCAUCUAUAUUAGGCUUAAGAAGCAAUUGGUGAUUCAGGAAGAAAAGCAGCUUAAUUUUUAGCCAAAACAUUAGUUAUGGUUAGAUCACAUGCUGUUUAAAGAGGAUAUGAUCCUGAAAGACUUUAUGUCCAUUCAAUUUAGGUUGGGAGAUAUAAGAAAUUUAAAAAAGCUAGAUUUCAUGCUAAGGCUAGAAUCAAUCCAGCUUUUAGAGAAACCAGUUAAAUAAAAGUUAUCUUAGAAGAAAGACCUACCAAAGAGGUUUAAUUUAUAUUUGAUUAUUAUUAUAGAUGUUUAAAGAUUUUGUUUAAGGUAAAACUCCUAGUGUUAUAUCAUAUUUAAUGAAAGACUAGUUGGUUAGAGAAAAAGCUGACUAUGCUAAAAUCAGAAGAUUCUAAUUGUUCCUUACUGCUAAAGGUAGAUAAUAAUAAAAACUAAUGUUAAAGAGAAGAGCAUAAAAAGAAAUGAAAGAGAAAGUAUAGAUUUUAAUUAAUUUUAGGGAUUGUCAUUUAAAUAUCUUCAUCGUUAAAUUAUAGAUAAAGAAGCUGAACAAUUUGCUGAAAAUUAUGAUACAGGAAAGAGUGGAUUACAUAGAUUCAAUUUAGAAGCUAGAUAAACUCUGUUUAAAAAGAAUGAAGAAAUCAAUAAUUGAGUUUUAGG